AUGAAUAUCAACGAUUACAAGAACUGGUCCAAAGAUGAACUUCUCCAAUGGUUCACUGAGCAAACCAAAGAGGACGUGAAGGUUCAAGCGAAGAUACUCCACCAGCAAGACAUCAAAGGAGCUGAUCUUCCUCUCACCAGCGCCAACUUGAAGGAAGUUGGCUGUACUCUUGGCCAGGCCAAUGCUGUACUCCGAGUUCUUGAGCAACUCCCCCUUGUCCCAGCUGCCCCUGCUGCCCCUAUAGGAUCACAAGGAGGCCAAGCUCACAUACCAUUCGCCCGACAACUCAAACCGAGUGUCCUAUCAGAGCAGUCCGAUGAAGGCAUCACUAUUGGAUCACGCAAUACACUCCCGAGACAUAACACAGUGAAGAAGCUGUACGAUUAUGUUUCGAAACAUCACUUGGUCCUCCUACGUGCCCCACCUUUCUCUGGAAAGACAUCAAUCACUCAGUUGCUGGAGCAGUUCAUCAUUGACAAUCAUGGCGAUACAUAUGUCCGCAGAUAUUCAUUUGUUUGGAGUCAGAAAUCAAAUGAGGAU